CUUUUUCUAUUUUGUAUCUAUCUAUCUACAAUUUCAGAAGUCAGCCCAUGCCCUUAUUUUUCUUCUCCUCUCCAGGCGCUCUCACUUGGUUCAUCAACUUGAAGAUCUGUUCACUUUGACCCCUUUGUUUUUCAUGUUUCAGAUCUAAUUGAACUUUACUAGACCCUUUUUUGUUUUUUCAAGAAAUCAUGUCAAUUUUGCAAGAAGAUGAUGAUUCCAUUGAAAUUAGAGAUGUUUGGAAUGAGAAUCUUGAACAAGAAUUUGCUUUGAUUCGUGAAAUUGUCGAUGACUAUCCAUAUAUCGCAAUGGAUACUGAGUUUCCUGGUGUGGUGCUUAGACCCUUGGCUAAUUUUAAGUAUAUCCAUGAUUUCAACUAUCAGACUUUGAAAGAUAAUGUUGAUAUGUUGAAGUUGAUUCAGUUGGGUCUUACUUUCUCGGACAAAGAUGGAAAUUUGCCAACUUGUGGGACUAAUAGGCAUUGUGUGUGGCAGUUUAACUUUCGGGAGUUUAAUGUGAGUGAAGAUAUAUUUGCUUAUGAUUCUAUUGAGUUGUUGAGACAAUCAGGGAUUGAUUUCAAGAAGAAUAUUGAGAUGGGUAUUGAUGCGAAUAGGUUUGGGGAGCUUUUGAUGUCAUCGGGAAUUGUUUUGAAUGAUAACGUGCAGUGGGUGACGUUUCAUAGUACCUAUGAUUUUGGCUACUUGCUUAAGUUAUUGACUUGUCGAGAUUUGCCGGAUAUGCAAGCAGGUUUCUUUGAAUUGAUCAAUAUGUAUUUUCCGGUGGUGUAUGAUAUUAAGCACAUGAUGAGGUUCUGUAAUGGUUUGCAUGGUGGAUUAAACAAGCUUGCAGAGAUCUUGGAAGUGAAGAGGUAUGGUAUCUGUCAUCAAGCGGGUUCAGACAGUUUGCUUACAUCAUCCGCGUUCAAAAAGCUCAAAGAUGACUAUUUCAACAACUCCGCGGAGAAGUAUGCUGGUGUUUUGUAUGGUUUGGGCCUUGAAAAUGGACCUGAAACUAAGUAGAGUUCACUUAUGUAUGUUUUGUUUGAUUAGAUGGGCAUGUAUUUGUACACAAUUGCCAAAAGGUUGUUACAUUUUAGUUCGUUAUUGAUUUAAAUUUUACUCUUCUUGGUCCAUCUAUGUAACUGAACCCUCAGCGGGUGUUGUAGUUCAAGUGCUGUAAAUUAUUACAGUUAAUGUUUUAAUAACAAUCUUAACAUCUCAGUUAGUAUACUGAGGUAUUUUAGUUUUUAA